AUGGUUGGGCGGUGUCUCGCUCUGGCGACUCUGGUGGCGCUGGUGGGGCUGGGGGUCCAGGGCAUGCAGUUCCACGCCGCGCAGGGGCACGAGGCUCUAGCAGAGCGGGGGGGCCUCGCCUCCGAAGCCACGCAGCACCUCACCCCGGAGGAGAGAAAAUUUGCCCACGAGCAGGCGUUCGAGAAGGAGUUUACAGUGGAGCUGGACAUGACCACGGCCCGCGAGAAGGACCUGCACAUCGGGGUGGAGCUGGACACCGACACCGACUUUACACCUGUUUCGGUCUCGAAGAUUCGCAAGAGCGGGCUGCUGGAGCUGUGGAACAGAGCGCACCCAGACGAUGCCGUUCUCCUUGGCGACACGAUCACGAAGGUCAACGACAUCCUCUGGCACCACAACUCGAAGACGUUUGUGGAGCGUAUCAAGGGCCAGUUCAAGGCGUCCAAGAAGGGCUUGGAGGGCACCAGUGAUCUGCUCAAACUGUUUAUUCAGCGCCCCAGGCGCAAGAAUGAGGGCCGAACCCAGGCGCAGCGGGACGACCUGUACAGGAAGCAGUACCCGAAGGAUUUCUCCGUCGACAUCCCCUUCGUGCCAAACCAGAGCAUGGGCUGGGUGCUGAAUUCGACGGCCGACGACUGGGUUCCUCCAGUCAUCGAAAGCGUCAGCAGCACAGGCAUGUUGGCACUGUUUAAUCAGGAGCACCCAGAAUUCAGGAUCUACCCUGGCGACGAGAUCGUCAUGUCCAACGGCAUCCAGUGGCACCACAACACCAAGGUCUUCAAGAAUCGCAUUGAGACGAUGAUGCGCAGGACCAUUGCAGAAGCCAAUUCAACGGUUGCCAUGUCUCUGCACGUUCAAAGGCCCAAGGCGGUCGUCGAGGUGCUGGAGAGCAAGACGUUCGAGAAGAUGUUCGACGCGACCCUGCCAUAUUCUGGCGGGUCGACGGAUUUCGGCUGGAAGCUGCAGAUGAACACUUCGGACCCCGUCAACAUCACCUAUAUCCUGUUUGGCUUUCUUAGCCAUUGGAACGAGGCGAACCCUACGCAGAGACUGGCCGUUGGCGAUCGCAUCCUCAAAGCGAAUCGCGCUAACUGGCACCACAACAAGAGCAGCUUCGGGCCCCGCCUUCUGAAUUUCUUGCGUACGAGUCCCAACACCACCCUGCGCGUGCAGCGAAAGGCCGAGGUCAAGUACGCCAAGGGAUGGGCUGUUGAGAUACCGGCCCGCGAGGGCCAGCUCCUGGGCCUGCACAUGAGCGUCAACGACGACGAGUUCCCUGCCACAGUCAGCACGAUCAAGCCUCUGAGUGCCGUCAGCAUCUUCAACGAGGACAACCCCGAUUUCGAGGUGAAGCCCGGGGACCAUAUCUUCAAGGUCAACGACGUCCUGUGGCGCAGCAACUCUCGCGAGUUCGCGCAGCGCUUGGAGCAGCAGUUCACCAAGUCCAAGCGCACGGGCGUCAUGCGCCUUUGGGUCCAGAGGCCGGAGGGCCUUGAGACGGAAGACGAGCCCAUCCAUCAUCGUUACUAUGAAUACUCGGUCGAGCUGAACAUCUCGUCGCCGCAGACCGUGGGCUGGAAACUGAACACGACCGGUGAGGGCCCAGUGUUCAUCAGCGAGCUCUCGGUAGUGAAAGCGAACGGAACAGCAACCAGCAUCAGCAGCUGGAACCAAAAGAACGGCUGCGGAUUUUGA